AUGAUGUUCACUACCGCAAGUGCGCUGGCACUAGCCAGCAUGGCCCUCGCCGGCCCGUGCCAGAUGAAGGCCGCAACCCCGACCGACUCUGGCUGGGAGACUCGGUACACGGCAACGGGGGCCGCCGACGUUGCUGCCGCUGCGGCGACGGCCAAGACGAGCAGUCCGACGAGCCAUGUCAAAGGCAAGGCCUUUGACCGGCUCGCCAUCAUAUAUUUUGAGAACCAAAACUACGACAAGUCCUACGGUGACCGUACGCUCCCCCCCUCCCACCUUUUCCCCGGCUGGAUAGGUGAACUGACGAAGGAUACAGCCAACUUUGAAUGGUUCAGCAACAAGGGCAUCACAUUGACCAACUACUACGCCGUCACUCAUCCUUCACAGCCAAAUUACCUGGCCAGCAUUGCGGGUGACUACUUCGGCAUGCGCAAGGACGGUUUCGACCGCGUACCACGGAACGUGUCGACGGUCAUCGACUUGCUCGAGAGCCGCGGCAUCUCGUGGGGACUGUACCAAGAGGACAUGCCCUUUUCGGGCUUCGAGGGCAAAUCCUACAAGAACCAGGAGGACGGGUCCAACGACUACGUCCGCAAGCACAACCCGGCCGUGCUGCACGACAGCAUCACGUACCGCGAGCAGGGCCUGUCUCAGAUCAAGAACCUGUCGAUGAUUGACACGUCACGCUCCAUGUUCCAUAAAGACCUCGAGGCGAACACGCUGCCCCAGUGGAUGUUCAUCACGCCCAACAUGACGUCGGACGGUCACGACUCGUCCAUCACGACGGCGGGCGAAUGGUGCCGCUCAUUCCUCGAGCCUCUCCUGACCGACAAGAGGUUCAUGGACAACACGCUGGUGCUGAUCACGUGGGACGAGAGCGAAACGUACAAGAGGCGCAACAACGUUCUCGGCAUUCUCCUCGGCGACGCCGUGCCGGAGGACCUCGUGGCGACGUACGACGAAAACUUUUACAACCACUACUCGCAGAUCGCGACCGUGUCUGCCAACUGGGGACUGCCCACCCUGGGCCGCUGGGACGUCGGUGCCAACGUUUUCGAGUGGGUUGCCGAGAGAACCGGCGACAAGCUGCGCGAGUGGUCGUCGGAGAAGCGCUUCCGCGACAUGCUCUGGAACUACUCGUACGCCGGCUUCUUCAACCCGGGAGAGGGCAACAAGCAGUUCCCUGCGCCGAACAUGAAGCUCGACAAGAGCGUGAACGGCCGGCCGAUUCUCCAGUCCAUCAAGGACAAGUGGGCCCGAAGCACGGCGCCGACGUACUACGAGGACACGAUCGAGGUGCCCGACGGCUUCCACCCUCCUGAGGGCUACGAGCCCGAUUACGAAAAUGAUGUCCCGUAG